AGGACCUCUUCCCGGAUUUCUUUUCCUUUGUUUUGCGCGCAGUAGCCUUUGGCUUUGAAUUUGAUGCCUUCUUUGUCUUUCUCCUUCUCAGCACUCGCACGUGACUCUGACCCUACUAAGAUACGCACGCACUGCAGUAAAAUUUUUUUGCCAUUCUUCAAAGUGAAAGUCAUGAAUAAACUUCCCGACGUCUACGUCAAGGUCUAGUUGUAGUACUCCGGCUGAAAGGAGGCUUGCUCAUUAUCAACAUCAUGGGUUGGUGAGUCACGUUCUGUCAUUGCAACGCAACAAUCUCAUUACCCGCACUAUGAAUAUCAUAAAGCCCGAAAGUGGGUUGAGUAGAGACUGAAACGCACACAUUAAAUACGUUACAUAAGUCUUUGAAUUCAAAAUUUUCCUUUCCACAAACGCAGCGAAGGAAAAAUAGAAUUAUCGCUUUCUUCCCUCUUCGCACCGCUUGUCGGAGUAUUAAGGAUUGGUGAGAACUUCUUCACAGCCCUGCUUUAUUCCACCCCGAUGAGAUUAGCACCAUCGAGGAAGCUCUAGGUGAAUCGUUUUAGGUGAAGAAAGUAGUAGAGCAGUGAGACAAAAGCCUGCGCUAACAAGCUUUCAUCUUCCGACUUGAAGACUUUGUCUUAGUUCUUUUCCAACCAUCGAUCUCUCUUUUCAAGUUACACCAUUAUAACCCGCAAAAUAUUGUUCACAAAAUGAAUCUGUUGCGCCCCUUGCGGCCGACCGAUUUUCAGUCGACCACCGCGCAUCUGAAGAACCUGCGGCCGGCGGCGGCGGAGGCCGACGGGGCAGCCGCGUCUGACUUGCCUCUCGCAAAGCGCGGCAAGCCCGGCGCGAUUAGUGGCGCAGCCGCAGCUCCUGAUGGUGCGAAGAUGAUGACUUCUAGCGGAACGCCGGAACAACACCAAAGUGGAGGCAAGAACAAGGAUAUAUUUCUUGGCGCCACUUUAGCGUCCGUCCGGGGUAGUUGUACUACUGGUGCAGCUGUUACUUCUCCUGCGCGCGCCGCCAGUGGCGCGGCCACUACAGCUGCAAAUACUAGUAGUGCCACGAUGAUGAACAUCAAACCUCCAUUAGAAGCUGCUCAUGCGCUGCGAACAAACGCUGCCGCCAAGCCCUCGUCCACGCUGCAGCCCUUGUUUUGCCCACCGGUCUUCAAAAGUAGCGAGGUCAAUAGUAAGAAUGACAAUGACGCUAAUAAACAAGCGCAAGAACUACAGCUCAGUCUGGAGCUCGCCGAGGCCGGGCGGCUGCAGUGCCCGUGCUACCGGGGCUUUGGCCGCAUCUUGGUGGUUGGGGACGGGGACCUGUCGUUCGCGGCCUCGUUUAUGGUCCCGGAGAAAAAAGCUAGGAUAGAAAAUAUGCUGUAACGUGCAAAAAUAAAUAGGUACACGGAAAAAAAAGCACCUGCGUCCGUCUUGCAAUGCCUGAGAGGCAUGGUACGUAGUACGGGCAGCCGCAGCUGCUUCCGGCGUGCGACAGAAGACUUUUUAUGUAUUCAUUUUUGCAUAUUCUUGACAGCAUGUGAACAAACUAUGCUAGCUUUUUUCCCUGCGAUAUCGCUGCUCGGGCACGUAGAUCAUGAUGGCAAAUUUGUCACUGCUACGGUGUACGAAAAGGAGCACGAGUUCCGGAAUAAGUACAACCAGCCCCAUAUGCAACAUUGCAAAAACUUUUUCGCACAAAUCGUAGUAAUUGCCUUUGCCGUGUUGCAUGUUGACAGAUAUUGUUGUUUUCCACCUGAUCUUGCGUCUGAAAAUUCCCUUUCCUCUAUGUUGAAAGUACAUGCAAUUACUACUGUACUAUUAAACAAUACAUCGUUUUGCAAUGUAUACCUGACGUGGUCGAGAAUCUCCGUGUGCUCGAGGCUGCGGGGGUGCAGCUUCGCUUUGGGGUUGACGCGACGAAGCUGCAGGAAUCGUUUGGGGACAUUAACGGCACGACCACGGGUGGUCGUGGUGCCUCAUCCACAGGAGUGAGUAGUUUGUUUUCGAUCAAAACUCCCGUAGCUGCCUCUAGUGCUCUCGGGGAUGAAGAACUUCAUCAAGAAGUGCAGCUUUUCGAUGCAAUCAUCUUCAAUUUUCCCUUCCCCGUGGAGUCGCACAGCAUUCAGAGCAAGGAGCGGCUAAUCGAAGAGUUUUUUUCUUCUGCGAAACAGCAACUGGUCCCCAGCACCGGGGAGAUUCACAUCAGUCUGGUGAACCAGCAGUGGACCAACUGGGGCGUGUCGCAAAUCGGAAAAGGUCAGGGCUUGUAUUUGUACGAGGUUUACGCAAAUGAAGGUCGUCCCAAAAGCAUCGCGCUUCCACUUACUUUUACACGAAGGAUUGCUGGAAAUGAUACAGAUAAGUCGCGUUUACAAAUUUCAUUAAUACUUCGAUCGAAGUACUGACCGUGACCUGAUGAAGUCAGUAUAGAAAUCCGUAAACGCUGGCGCUGCAAUUUUAUGUGUCAUAGUCAGCUGAUCGUGGUACAGAAGUCGAUGUUUUUGAGCACCAGGAUAGGGUCCGUGCCUUUGACAAGGACCACUGGAAAUAUUACGCCUGUCGCUUCGGCGACCAGCGUGAGUUUCGCAUUCCUUCUCGCGCGAACUACGUCAACAAAAAAGCGCGGACGUUUAUCUUCCGCCGGAUCCAGCCUGGCGUGCCGUACUUACGAAAACGAAAAAAUGGCUUUUGCUUUCAAAAGGAUUCUUCUGCGCACUACCUUGAAGCUUCCGCUACUUACGACGCACGGGGAGUAGGGCUAGCUAGUACUGCGAAGAAGCUGUCGCAUUUUUACUGUAUUCGCGGGCCGUUGUGUCUGCAAUGCUCCUAGUAGAAGGCUACUUACUUGGGAAUGACAAAAAUGUUGGGGCCACUGCGACCGCUCGGGUUGCAUCGCGAAGUCAUGAUGAACGAGCUUGGCUUUACCUGUGCGACGCUUCUCGACAUACAUAGUUAGUCCCUGCUGUCGUGCGUUUUGCAGCUUCUUCAGGUGCGUAGUAUUGCUGCGCAGGCACGGCGCGAAGAUGACCUUGCUGAAGAAUCCAUUUUUUCGUUUUUAUAGUACGAGGAGAUAAACCACCUGACAAAUCAGAUCAUCGGUUCGGGUAUGCAUGGGGAACACUUAUUUUAGCACUUUUUGUAGAUGCGCGCUCUUGAUGUCGCGUUCGCAUACUCGCAAUAGAAAUAGUGCGUUGCUGGCGAAGAAAGGGGCGCUUCUUCUCCUACUGCCGUGCUCGACUUACGACUUCCAGAACAUCACUGCAUCGAGCUGCUCGCGCUCUUUGUGUCAACAUUAAUUGCUGCGCUUUCCUUUCAGAAAGAAAAGCUACCGACUGGGGUCGCAGCUAAUUUUUCCACUCGAUCCGGGAAGCAAGGCCAAGGGUCAUUGAUUUAUGACCCUCUUAUCUUGUCUGCGGGCUUUGGGGCCUGUGACUGUGUCUCUCGAUCCGUCUCUCCCUUUUGAGUAGGGUCAGCUGCUGGGCCGGCCAGCAGCUGGCAGUACUGUUCCUUUUGGCUGUUGAAAUUGCGCUACUGUUCGUGGCUCCGUGCUGUGUUUUGCUUUGCGGCUGGCUGCGUAAAGGCUUUGCGGCUUGCUCCGCAAAGCAAAACCAGAAUCAAAACGCGCAAGACCAUUGCUUGACAGCUAUUGGAAAGUAGACCUUCGGGACUCUGGAUUUUUGAUUCCGAGAUGCCCAGGCGAAGCUUGGCCAUCUAUUUCGCACGAGCGCAGGGGCAGGCGUGCCUGCUGAGGCCGUCGCAGCUAGGCUGGUGGUCCAUUUUUUGGUGGGCUGUUUACCUGCGGCGGAGCUCCUGGACGAGGGUCUGAAGAUAUCACAAAAAUUUCUUUUGUGAUAUCUCGAGAAAAAAAUUGCAGCGUAGGAGAAGAAGAUAGAAACGCGGCGCCUGAAAGAGGAUGAUGUUACUACAACAAAAGAAUCACAUCCGAAAGCGCGUCGUGAAAGUUUCGCAUCGCUGCUCAACAUCUAACUGUGUACUAGAAAUGUUCCCUGUGCAUACCCGAAGACGACAAGCGCGCGCUCGCGCUGCUGGAAGCUGUCAAGCUCGAGAACAAAAAGCAAAACGAAUCGCAAAAAAAGCUGGUGGCUGCUCCCGCCAUUCUUUCGAAGCUUGUCCCGCUUGUCCGUUCGAAACUACAAAAUCAUUCCGUGGGCGGUGUGAUGAACAAUAGAGCACCCGGGGCCGCCGUCGCAACAUCUGCUUCACAAAAUGCUAGUAGUACACAACUGAACACCAAUAAUCUUUCGAAGUUGAUUGUGCCCACGAGGACCGCCGUAGCUGCGCGGCCUUCUUUGAAACCGGCUUCCCGGGCUCUUUUACAAAAGUUCACUUUGCAAAAAGCGCUGAAGCCGCUGCCGACGGUGGGUCGUGUGUCCGGUGGCGGGGCAACAACUUUUGCUACAGGAGCUCCACCUGGUGUCCUCGUCCGGAAGGGCAACGACAAGACCAGCCCGUUGCAAAAAAAACUGCUUCGCGCCCAGCAAGUUGCGUCUUCAAACAAAUUAUUGGGCGUUUCUGGUGCUAUUUUAGGGACGAACAAGGGCAGGGAGAAUGCGAAUCCUGUCCUUGGGAGUAAGAUCAUCAAUCCGCUGCAGCAAAGGCGCGUUGCCUUGCGGGAGAUCCUGGAACGCGCAGGGGUGCUAGCGGGCCGGGGAGGCCGUGGCCCACCUGCUCGGGUGGAUAGCGACACUGUUCGGGCAACCGCGAACGCGAAAACCCGCACGAUCAGAAUUGCCACUGGUGGUGGUCAGGUAGGAGUUGUGCCCAAAAAUCAAAAUGCACCGGGUACCAACAUCAAUGACGCGGCUACGACUGGCAGAAGCCUCUUCUCCGGUCCUCCGCAAGGGAACACAGGUCUAAACGAUAAUCAAGCUGCUUCACGUGUUGUUGUACCACCAGCGCCAAAUCGUGGAAAUAACAUCAAACCGGCAGCAUCUGAUCGCCGAGUACAUCAGGCCGCGUGGAACAAGGACAACGCAGGCAGUAAACCUGGUUCCCUCAACCUCUUUUCCAAUUUCAACGCGCAUCAGAAAACGUUGGCCGACGGCAGUCAUCUGUCACCUGCGGGGACCAAUACAACCUACUCAGCGUUCUCCGGCGCACAAACUACCCAUACGGAAAAAGGAAGUAUCAAGACAAAUACCAGUAACGGGCCGGUCCUCUCCGUGCAAGAUCGUAAAAACGGCCCGGCAACGUUGAGUAGAGCAAGAACUUCUACACCGAACUCGUUAUUUGUCCCGCAAAUUAAUACUACAAGCGGGGCACCUGUUCCUCGUGCGGCGAACAAAAGUCAUCAAGUUGCUUCCACUACGGCCACGUCGGCUAAUUAUAGUAACGCCAAGCAGAGCCAGAGGCAGCAGGUCCGGGCACCAGAGAAGAAUCAUCCGCGGACGCUGGAGGAACUGAAUGCGCAGAUCGCCGCCGCAGCGGCAGGGGGAAAGGCAUCGAAUAAACCAGUGUCGAAUAAGGCAGUUGUUGCAAACAACGGCACAGGCAAUAAGAUUCAAAACCCGGCGUGGCACCAGCCGCAGAAACAAGAGCAACAGGCUGGUAUUUUUAACGUCGAAAUAAACAAGAGGAAUUUGAACGUGGUCAAGGCGCAACCACGACCUGUCGUGCCACCUCCAUCGCAAAAUAAGCUCGUGCAAGAACACUAUCGGAACGAAAGCGUGUCGCCGGAUGUACUGCUGAACGUUGUGACGCCGGACGAGUACAACCCUUUCGCCCCGAAGCCGCGCGUCGCGGUUCCCGGGGGGCCGACCGCCAAGGCAAGACCAACCACAAGCGCGUUCGACGACAGGAAGAACAACCUCCACGGUGGCAUUGAUAGUCCGAGCAGGAAUAAACUCAUUCCCUUCAUCGGCGCAGGACAGAACGGGCAACAGCUACACCCACAGCAGCUCCAAAGUAGUCGUGCUGGUAAUCAUGGCAAGUCGUCUCUAUUUCAGGGAGCAAGAAGUAACAAAGUCGGCGGCGCAAGUUUGUUCGCAGGGAAAGCCUCAGCGCCGCCUGCAGGAGUGAAAAAAACGAGUAAUCCUAUGAAAGACCACAAGGCUGGAGGUAGAGGAGCUGUUUCGCAGAACAACAACAAUCCUAAUCAACAGAAGCGACCCCAUGGUAAGUUAAUACCCCUUGCGCUUGCAGGUCGUGGAGCAAAUAUAGCAAAUCAUGCACGGGCAUGAACAUAAUCUUUUCGUACUCUCGAGCUGAUCCGCUUGGGAGAUGAACUUCAACUUGUACUUGGCGAGUGUUGAUGAAAUGCAAAAGUCAAAGUCUUUUUUGAAGAAAGCACCUGGAUCAGUGCUGAAUGGUAAUUUUUCGUUUG